UGGGCAAAACCGUCACUCCGCCCGGUGAAAAUUCCCGUCGUCUCCUUCCUUCCUUCCCCACAAAUUUACAAGCAUUUACUUGCACUCCACUACACUUUUCCCCAUUCCGUCGCCGGGAUCGGAUCGCGCCGCUCUCCCUCUCCUCUUCUCCGGCAGCCGCGGACCGCCGGCAGAUCGACAGCCGGCCGAUCGACAGCCGGAGGGGGAGCAAGAAAGAAGCGAAGAGUAUAGAAGAGAAGAGCGGAUCGGGCGAUGGGGCGGCUGUUCCUGACGAGCCUGGCGCCGGCGACCGGCACCAUCUACCGCUGCAAGCACUGCGACUCCCACCUCGCCUACGCCCAGCACAUCAUCUCCAAGAUGUUCCGCUGCAAGCACGGCAAGGCCUACCUCUUCGACAAGGUCGUGAACGUGGUGGCCGGAGAGAGCGAGGACGACCGGAUGAUGACCACCGGCCUGCACACCGUCCGCGACAUCUUCUGCGUCGCAUGCGGAGCCAUCCUCGGCUGGAAAUACGUCUCUGCGUUUGAGAAGGACCAGAGGUAUAAGGAGGGCAAGUUCAUCCUCGAGAGGUGCAAGAUCCACUCGGGCGGAGGCGGCCCUCCCGACCGCAUCCAGCUGUGGGCCGAGCACGACGCUCGCAUAAGCUCCAGCGAGGACGACGACCAGGGCGCCGUGUGACCUUGCAAGACAAUGCAGGAUCAAGUUGAUUAGGCAGGCAGACAUGACAUGACUGUAAAUAUUACUAGUGCUAAUCGUCGUUCCCUUCCCUGGCACUGCAAACCAUGUAGCUGCUCCCUAGACCAAGAACCAUGCCUGCUUAUCUAUCUAUUAUCUGUGCAACCAUAUGAAUCAGACCGGUUGUCGUCGUUCGUGUGUACAUAUAAGAAUGUGUGUCCACCUGAAUAAAGACUCUAUCAUUUCAGUA